AAAUAUUUACCUUAAACCACUUUACUAACUGAUAGUUUUAAUUAAAAUCGUAAUUCCACGCCCUUAUGUCAUUUGACAGCGCUUUCACUUAAAUGCACCGCCAUUGUGCUCAAAAGAAAGACGUUUGAGCAGAUUCAAGUCUAGGCAAAGAUUCCUGUGCGAUUAAUUGACGUGGCUUAGCAGCAUGGAGUUCGAAAUGUCCCCAAUCUCCAGGCCAAGACGGCGCCGUGAAAUCCUUCUCGUCGUGUUACUAGCCGUUUGUUUUGCUGUUUGUGGAUUUUUAAUUGGAUAUUUCGCCAUGAAAGCUGGGAAGGAUGCAACGAAAUGCCAGAAAGAUAAUGGUGGAACUAACCCAGAGCGGCACUCCAGCAAAGAAAAGUACCACACAAUGUUUCAGAAUGAAAUAAACGCCGAAAAUAUUGAAGAUAACCUCAGGUUCAUCACCUCUGAACCUCACAUGGCGGGAUCCACGCGCCAACGGGAUCUGGCUGCAUAUUUGGCUAAAAAAUGGCGGAAGUACGGUUUUGACGUGGUCGAAAUGCCUGAGUACAGAGUGCCUCUCUCCCUCUAUCAGAAAGACAAACCUAACAAAGUGGAAAUUAUCGUCAACGGAACGAUUCAAUCAACAAUUUUGGGUAGAGUGGAGGUAAGAGCUGAACCUACAGCAAGCAAGGUAUUUAACUAUACUCCAUACUUUGCAUAUUCACCAAAUGGGACUGUUGAAGGCGAACUUGUUUACAUCAACAGAGGAUGUAAGAGUGAUAUGGACCGCCUAAACAGUACUGGUGUAUCUCUGAAAAACAAAAUCGUCAUAGCAAGAUCGAUUUUCUCUAGGGUAGGUACUAUAGUUCUAGGUUGAUAUAUGGGUUCAAUUAUAUGUACGGUAUAAGCUGCUGAAAACACCCUUAAUUUUAGUUUAAUGGCUUGAGACGCUCUUAAAGUGUUCAAAAAUUGAAUCCGGUUAUGAAUCUGCUUGGAGAUUUGUUUUAAACUUGGCGAAAUAUUGCAUCGGUUUUGAAUUAUGGGCUCAUAAAGUCAAAUCUCAGCGUGGUGUUCAAUGGGUCAUAUUGUUGCCAAGGCAAACUUUGGAGUCACAAAAUAAGUCAUGGUUUGCCAUUGGACAUUUGUUUGAUAUUAUGAUUGUAGCUUCAUCUGGAAACGGAUAGCAGCAUUGAUCCAUCAAAGAAGAAGCGCUGAAAUUGCGGAAACCGUUAUGACCCACUUUAAAUGAAAUUGCGUUCAAUCGGUUAAUAUGCUAGUAGUCUUUUCUGUUUAGUGAUGAAGCUGGAUCUGGUUGGCAUUACUAGUUGAUUUAUUGGUACUUCGUCAACAGGAAGGAUAAUUUUUGAGAAGAUAGCUUGUUAACAAAGAGAUUACCAUUUUUUGUCUUCAUCAAGUUUGAAGAUUGACACUAUUUAAGGACGGUGCC